AUGCUAGGGACAGCAAGCGUUGAAUUCGAGAAGGCAUGGCGCGGGUGUGUCUUGUGGUCUAAUGAGGAAGAUCUGUCUAGGGACGACCUACUACUAAAUAUCUCUACUAUACAUUCAUUCAUCGUGGCCGCUACGGCAGAACAGCUACCAGGGGCUACCAUAGGAGCAACGCCCGAGAGCUUGGCCGCAACGCUGCAUUUCGAGCCAUCAUCGUCACCAGAAAUAUCGAAGACACUGGCGGCCAGCUCAAUGCGGCGUUUCGCCUAUCCUCUGCUUGCCAGGACUCCUGAUGGGGCGAUCGCAGGCCUGGCUAUUUAUUUCUAUAACUACUCGACAUGGUCAGCGGCGCCGGGACUCUGCUUGGAGGAGUUCUACGUCUUGCCGGAGUUCAGAAGCUUAGGCUACGGCAGAAUCCUUAUGAAGGCGAUGGCUCAAGAGGCGCGUGACGCGGGGUGCGUCAAGAUGGAGUGGGUUUGCCUCGAGAAUAACGAGCGUGCGUUGCGGUUUUAUGGCAAGCUGGGUGCGAAGCGCAUGGAGGACUGGGUGGUUUUAAAGUUAACCCAGGAAGUCAUUGCAACGUUGGCAGAAGAAAUGUAA